AUGUGCAUAGGGAGUGCGGUCGCACCAUCGCACCUUAGCACGAGCCGCCACUGCCACCAUUAUGAUGAUGGAAGAAGAACUCCGACUUAUAAGAGGAAACGUAGAAAUGAGCUGGAUAAAGAUGAAAAAUGCAAACAUAGAAUACAAAAAUUUAGACUAGCUUGGACAUCACAGCCUGAAUUUAAAACUUGGUUAAGACCUGAUUUGGAUAAUCCAAAUAAAGCUCACUGCAUUAAAUGCAAUAUUAGCUUUACAGCCGAGCUUACGGUAAUUAAAAAUCAUGCUAAAGGUAAAAAACACAAAAAAAUUGCAUCUGCCUCUUCUGUUUGUUCACAAAACAUUAUAAAAAAAUUCACAGCACCACAAUCACAUGAAGAUACAUAA